UUUCUUCUACUGUGUAUGAACGGGGCUUAUUUGCCUUUCAGGAGUCGGUCGUCCCGGUUAUUCAGCACCCUAGUCCUGCAUCUCCUCGUUAUUUACGUCUCCGUACCAUUCCUUGUGCGUCUCUUUCCUGCGCUGCUGAACAAGUUUGUCUUUCUCAAUAUCCUGGCCUUCCCCUUUGUGGAACUUGGGAAGCCGGAAUUGUGGCUGAACCACACUGUCAACUUCUAUCUCAGCCCCGAGCCGGAGGUCUCCAUUGGCGUGUGGCAUGUGUUGCCUGCCAGCAGGGGGACAGAGGCUCAAGGGAAGGACCACAGCUGGUAUGAAGAAGCUCUUGCAGACGAUAAUCCGGUUAUAAUUUAUCUCCACGGCAGUGGAGGCAACAGGGCUUCUGGGCACAGAGUUUCCUUGAUGAAGGCGCUGAGCGGUGCCGGCUUCCACAUCCUGGCUCUCGACUACAGAGGGUACGGGGACUCCACUGGCUACCCCAGUGAGACGGGAUUCACCACAGAUGCCCUGUUCCUCUAUGACUGGGUAAAAGCCCACAGCGGAAAUAGCACCGUGGCCGUCUGGGGACAUUCCUUGGGGAGCGGGGUAGCCACAAAUGUGGCAAGAAAACUGCUUGAAGAAAGAGGCAACCAGGUGGACCUGAUCGUUCUGGAAUCUGCCUACACCAACAUUCGGGAGGCAGCCGCUCACAUCCCCUUCACCAAAAUCUACCGCCAGUUCCCAGGGUUCGAGUACCUCGUCCUCGACUCCAUGGCCCUGGGGGACAUGUAUUUCCGCAGCGACGAAAAUGUUAAAGUGCUCUCCAGUCCCCUCUUGAUUCUGCAUGCGGAAGAUGAUCCCGUCUUACCCGCCCACCUGGGUCAAAAGCUCUUCGAGAUUGCGCUCGCCGCCUAUGAGAACAAAGACCAGGUCCGGCUUGUUUCCUUUCCGGAGCAGCUGGGCUUCGCCCACGAAAACAUCUGUUCCCACCCAGAGCUGCCUGACAUCGUCAAAGACUUCCUGAAGAAGUUCAAGUGAUAACACCUACUCCAGGGGAUGCUACCUGCGCCACAGACCGAAGCGAUGCCCUGGCAGAGACUUUCAAUAAAGCCACAACACCACCAUU